CUCAAAAAAUCUGUACAAAAUGUGUAAAAAUGAUGUUUUCCUUUAAACUAAACCUGUCUACAUAAUCACGAAACCUCUUAUAUCAUCUAUUAGUUGAAAUUUUAUAGUGUACUAUAAAUAAGUUCUAAUCCAUUUUAAUAAAUUCUUACAAGUAAUUUUCAUGAGAUCCAAAUAUGGACAGUUUGAUUAUGUUCUUACACAAUUUUGAUAAUAAAAUUAACUUAAACGAAGCUUAAAUAAACUCUACAAAAGAACAGAAAUAGCGCGUUUUUAAAAAGAUAACAAAUUUAACUGAAAAUGCUGUAAAAAUUUCUUACUCCGCUUAGUAUAAACCAACAAAAUGGUUACGAGUCACUCGUAAUUCGAGUCAACUCGAGUCACUCGCAACUCGGGUUGUCAAAAAUUUCACUCGAGUCCGAGUAAGAAAAAAAUGACUCGAGUCACUCGAGUAAAAAGCAACUCGAGUCCCAUCACUAUGCAAACCUCGUGUACUGCUCGCAGCGACGUCACACCAUGACGCUCAACACUGGAUGGAUAAGAUUCGGAACUUAUUAAAUACUGAAAAUUUGAUUGGCGAAGGCCCUGUGAAGGACUCGUUCAGUGUGACGGUGUUGAACACGGAGUUGUCAAAGAAGUGCGGACUGAGCGGCGCGGACUGCGCAGUGACUGUGGGUGCUGCAGGGCUGCUGGUGGCGAAGCCCCGACGCCUCGCCACGCUGCUGCCCUGGCCGCACCUCACUGAACUGCGCCCUGAUCCCAACGAUAAGAAUAUAUGCGUGCUUACGCUUGAUAGUGGGUUCAGUCAAGGCAGCGGCGUGAUGAAGCUGUCUAGCCCGGUGGCGGGCGAGCUG